CCCAAAACAUAUGGCAAAGGAUGGCGGUCCGUCACUCCGUUGAACACCGUUUUGGUCGUCGUCAUCCUGGCUCUUCCUUUACCAGGUCUUUGCUCCUCCUUUUCGUGUCUCGGCGGUCUCAAUAAAAUUAAUUAAAUUUUAUUCGCGAGUGAAACGAGUGCUAGGUAGUCCAGGCAGUGGGGAAAUUUGUAGGGGGUAGCGCUUAGCGACAGCGAGAGCAACAGAAUUGAGGACGUGCUGUCAGGUUCGAUUUUUUAGAUUAUAAAAAGUUCUAUUUUUAUCGCAAUCACUUUCCAAACUCAUUCAAUUUUUCGAAAGUAAUUUCGUUUUUUGUGCCUUUUUAAGUGAAUUCUGUGUUCAUUUCCGUCUUUGGGGGUCGUGUUUACAUGAAGAGGUAUUGAGUUUUUUUGGAGUAAUUAAAGAGAUGAGAGAGUAUAUUAGAGAAAAAGUCAUUUGAUUGUUAUUUGAUGACGGAAAUAUGUUUUGGAGAAAAGUCUUUCUGGAAAAUGAGGCUUUGAGAUUUGAAAAGACUUCGGAAACCUGAUUAACAGGAAGAAUUGACGUUUGGAGCAGAGCACCGUUUGAAAAUCGAGCGCGAAGGCAAGAUCCGUGAUCGAAGAGGAAGAGCCAUGUCUACGCAUGGAGAAUGGGCUCGAUUGCUUCGGUGCUUCAGUGGCAUUGCUCGGAGUGCUCUCUGAUAAAUCCGACCGAGAGCGCGCAAUGCGCCAGGUGUGGCUUAUCCCGAGUCCGAAGUGAUCAAAUCAGAACAUGGCAUCGACCUUGGAACGACCCUCUGAUUGACCUCCCAAGUACCUCCAGAACUGGUGGUCGCACCGAACUAUCCUCAUCACGUUCCUCCAGUCCUCCAACUCCUCCGCCGCGGCUUCGAAAUCCUGGAAACAAUGCGCUUAUCGAACUUACCUUAUCCUCGAAGAAGCCGCGGCCACCACUUCCAGUAAGCCGCAACACUGUUCAAACCUAUCACGCCCUUAGCAAGCAGAAGAGGAAAGAAUCCGCACCCAGCGCUUUAAAAAAAAGAAUUCGAAGUCGCUCUUGGUCCGAAACAAGAGGCCAAAAAUCCCUCAACCGUUCACCUUCUCUACCUUCCCUCGUGACGAAGUGGACCUGCAUUCGCUGCCUCUUAGCAAACAAUCGAACUGCCACUCCAAUUUGUACAGCCUGCGGCGCCAGUUCCUCCAUCGCCGAGACGCAUGGACGCCAAGUUGGAGCCAGAAAGUGCAAGAGACUCGAGCCCGGAAAAUCCGGUAGUCUCAAGCAAGUAGCCAGACUGGAUCUCGUGACAAAAGUAACAACUGGUCUAGUCACCCGAGUCCACGACACGAGCACAAACACCCUACAAAUUUCGACUCGGACUGAAAAGAUCGACUCGGAAAUGGCACAGUUAACUGGCAUCAGUCGUAGCGAGCGAGCCAGGAACAGCCGCGAAGAUUGGACCUUACCUUCAGAGAGGAUAGACCCAUCAUCAGUUCCAUAUGUUGAGAAUGAUCCUUCCCAACGAUCCCCCAAGCGCCACUCUCCCUCAAUGUAUGAACGAGUAAAAUCCAAGGUCAGUCGUUCCCUCUCAAAUGGAUCCGUCGUUCAAAAGCUCACUGAGCACGCGAUUCCGCGACCCACGAGUCUAAUAGUCUCCGAAGCUCAUCAGGACGAUGCGCUCUGGAGUUGUGAUAACUGCACCCUCAACAAUGCCCCUAGCUUGGAACAGUGCGAAGCCUGCGAAGCACCCAGGAGUCCAGCACCUUGUAGUGGAGUUGUGAUCAGUGUGCCUGCUUGGGAGCCUCGAGCCUUAACAUCCGCAACACCCUUGUGCUACAGAAGAUCCUUUUCCGAGGUCGAUACCGUGGCCAGCGUCAAUCAGAGAAAAAUCGUGAACCGCAGGAGUCUGAACGAUGAAGAACCGCCGGAAGUGCCGCCGCACUCAGCUGCCUUCAAUUCCCGACCCAAGUACUCUUAUAUAGGAAUCACCGAUCCCGAUGUUCCGCCACCGUUACCAAAGAAACAGAGCAAUAAGUUGAAUCUCCCGGUUUCCCAGAGAUCGCAGGCCGAAGCUACGAGUCCUAUCGGCGAGAGAACGUCGGUCAGUCCCUUGAAGAGAAUGUGGACAUGUCGAAAGUGUUCCUAUGCGUACAAUCCACUCUGGUCUGGUGGAUGCGAUAUUUGUGGAUCAUCGAGAUCCCCACCUUCCUUAACACAGCCGAGUUUAAUUACUGUGACAAAGGAUAGUGGUAAUUCUCGUCCCUCGCAGGCGCACUCGCCGAUUGUUGUCUCAAGAGAUAGUGUCAGGUAUAUUCCAGCGAGACCUCCAGGUUAUCCGCUUGGCGAAGCGGAUCCGGAUGAUAUGGUGGAUUUGGGACCAGGAUGGACUUGCAAGAAAUGCACGCUUUUGAAUAAAGCGUCGAGGACUACUUGUGAAGCUUGUGGAGGCUCUAAGUUGAGGAGCGUCUCGCAUUUGGAGGAUCCGACCUUGCGAAAGGGCGAAAGCUGGGUUUGUCCGUCUUGCACGCUCAGGAAUCCUCUCACGGCGAUUGCUUGCAAUGCGUGUAAAAAUCAGUCGUUCACGGAAACGCCGAGAGAGAAUAGACUUUCGACUCAGAGGAGUCCUAGUCCGAGGCUUACUAGUCCCGCGCCAACUAGCCAGCGAGCUGUUACGCCGAGGCCGCGAAAUUCAGUUCGGAGAAAUGGAUCUGGAGUUGUGGAGAGGAGAUUGACGAAGAAUAAAGAACCGGGUGUUGCGCAGUGGCAAUGUAAGCUUUGCACUUACGAAAACAAGAGCAGCAAUGGAAACUGUGAAAUGUGUCAAAGCUCGAAAAUCUUGUCGCAAUUGCCAAACGACAGACCACGACCAAGUGAGCCAGGCAACAACACACUCAGAAUACAAAGACAGGAAAGUGUCGUUAUGGAAAAUUUGAGGAAAAUAGAAGAAAGAGAAGCACUAGAGAAAUGGGAGAGAAUAGUACUCUACUGUAAAGAGACGAACGAACCUUUUGUCGACGAUUCAUUUCCACCAGCCCCGAAAUCGCUCUAUUAUAAUCCCGCCGAGACGAAAGAUAAUCACGUUGUUCAAUGGAGAAGACCUCAUCAGAUUAACGUAGACUCAAGUGUCGAUUCAAGAUUACCAUGGGCAGUUUUCAGAACACCUUUGCCUUCCGAUAUCUCACAGGGCGUUUUAGGAAAUUGCUGGCUUUUGUCAGCUCUAGCUGUUUUGGCCGAGAGCGACGAACUCGUAAAAAGAGUCCUCGUUAUGCGAGAAACUUGUCCAGAAGGGGCUUAUCAAGUUCGUUUAUGCAAGGAUGGAAAGUGGACUACAGUUCUAGUCGAUGAUUUACUUCCCUGUGAUAAAAGGGGACAUCUCGUCUACUCGCAGGCGAAGAGAAAACAACUGUGGGUCCCAUUAAUCGAGAAAGCCGUAGCGAAAAUCCACGGAUGCUAUGAGGCUUUGGUCUCAGGUCGUGCGAUAGAAGGUCUAGCAACAUUGACAGGAGCUCCCUGUGAAAGUGUUCCACUUCAGCCUUCAGCAUUGCCGAGUGAAGAUGAACUUGACAAAGACUUGAUCUGGGCUCAGCUGCUCUCUUCGCGACAGGCGAUGUUUCUCAUGGGCGCCAGUUGUGGCGGCGGAAAUAUGAAGGUCGACGAAGAGGAGUAUCAGCGGAAAGGCUUGCGACCCAGACACGCCUAUUCUGUUCUUGAUGUUCGCGAUGUCCAGGGAAUUAGAUUACUGCGCCUGCGAAAUCCGUGGGGCCACUACAGUUGGAAAGGCGAUUGGUCUGAUGAUAGUCCCACCUGGACUCCGCAAUUGCGCGAAAUGCUGAUGCCACAUGGAGCUUCCGAUGGGGUCUUUUGGAUUUCGUUUGACGAUGUCCUCCGCUACUUUGACUGCAUCGAUAUCUGCAAAACAAGAGUUGGAUGGAGCGAAGUGAGACUGAGAGGGACUUUGCCGCCACUUUCGUCACUCAGGCAUUUGUCUUGUGUUCUAUUGACUGUUUUGGAACCCACCGAAACUGAGUUCACGCUCUUUCAAGAAGGCCAAAGAAACUCGGAAAAGUCGCAGCGUUCUCAAUUGGAUCUCUGUGUCGUUGUUUUUCGAACACGUUCGCCAGCGGCGCCGGAAGUUGGUCGAUUGGUUGAGCACAGUAAACGCCAGGUUCGAGGAUUCGUUGGAUGCCACAAAAUGUUGGAGAGAGAUUUGUACAUUGUUGUGUGUUUGGCAUUUAAUCACUGGCACACGGGAAUGGAAGACACCUCGAGUUAUCCAGAAUAUGUACUGGCCAUUCAUAGCUCGAAAAGAUUGCUAGUUGAACAAAUUUCGCCUCCCGCCUUUGUUCUGGCUGAUGCUAUUAUAAGUCUGACUCUAGCCAAAGGACAGCGACACGAAGGUAGGGAAGGAAUGACUGCUUAUUACCUGACCAAGGGUUGGGCAGGUUUAGUUGUGAUGGUGGAAAAUCGUCAUGCAAAUAAGUGGAUUCAUGUUAAGUGCGAUUGCCACGAGAGUUAUAAUGUUGUCUCCACAAGAGGACAACUCAGAACUGCUGAUAGUGUUCCCCCUCUUCAUAGACAAGUAAUUAUAGUAUUAACACAACUCGAAGGCAGCGGUGGAUUCUCCAUAGCUCAUCGAUUGACGCACAGACUAGCAAAUAGUGGCAAUCUGCACGACUGGGGUCCACCGGAAACUCAGCAUUGUCCACAAAUAGACACCCAAGUAGAAGGAUUACACAGUCCGCGUUUGAUCACCUGAAUAGAUCGCAGCUGCAAUAAAAGAGAAACCAAAGUUUACCGAAGGUACUGAAGCAAUCUCGUAUUUUCUCGCAUUUCCGACACAAUUGACAGCCAAAUGAUUUUGAUAAUGGCUUGAAUUUGUGCCGAUUGACUCUCGGCUUCUCGAUUUUUUUAGUCCAAUGUCCUUUGGAGUUACUCGGGUAACAUUGAUCGUGAUAAACAAACGAAUAUUCAAAGAGGUCGCGAAACAUUUCCGCGCUGAAUAGACUCUUCUAGUAUCUUUUACCGAUAUAAAGAAAAAGAAAAAAACAAACAAAGAACUUGCUAUAUACAAAACGAAACAAAUUAUUUUCUCAUCUAUAACGUUUAAGCGUUACAAAAAAUUAAAUACAAAGCAAACAGCAUGACAAAAUGUACAACUGCGAAAUGAAAUCUCUAGGGAUCAUAAGAAAAUGUGAUCGUUGUAAUUAUUGUUUUUGGAAUUGCUUAGAAUAUAAUCACAAAUGAGAUCGAUGAAACUCUUUUCUUUUCUUUUUUUAAAAUAAGUUUUUAACUUUUAUUUUGAAUACUCUUGACGAAAUGUGCUGAAAGUGGAGACUUACUUUAAGUAUGAAUCUCAGUGUUUGGUUUAGAAAUCUAGCUUUAAAGGGCCUAAAAGAGCAAAUUUCCUUUUUUCCUAGGUUAAAUGAUCAAUCUUAUUAUUUCGCAGAGCGUACAAAUGUGAUAUUAAAAAA